AUGUUGGAGGUCCAAGAGGAGAGGCCAGCGGCGGCAGGUACAGCAGCGACACAUUUCAACAAGAAGGAACGAGGGAAGAAAGAGCGAGAGGAGGCCAAGGACAGUCGGGGAAACCUUGGGAACAUCGGGAAUCCUGUUCCUGGCACGGGCUCCAGGAACGUGCGCGCUAAAGCGCCGCUCACACACACGGGCAGUCCUCACCAGCUCAUCACUCCACCCUGUUCUGUGGUCCUGGGAGCCCCAUCAAUGCACUCCAAUAGGCUGAAGAACUCCCCGUCCACCAACACACAGAGCCCUAAACCCAAGACGGAGGUCAUGGUACGGUCACCUCCUGUCAUGUCCCCCUCCACUGCCGCCCAGAUGGACUCUAAAAUGCCCAAUCAGGGGAAACCAGGGAGUGCCGGCAGCCAAUCUCAGCCUUCACCCUGCGACCCGAAGACCCUGGGUGCCAAAGGAGCACAGGGCGUGGCAGGGGCCAUGGGGCUGAAGAAUGGCCAGGGCCUGACCUCUGGUCCAAGCUCCAAGGUCAAAGUCAAAAGGGAGAGAAGCACCUCAGUGGAGUCGUACGAACAACCAGAGACUGGCACGCCCACCAGUGAGGAGAAAGACAGUAGCAGGGUGAAGAGAAUGUGUGUGGCGGAGAGGAGGCAGCCCUACAGUUUAGCUGAAUGGGAUCCUGGAGCAGAAAGUGAUGAGGAUGAAAAAGGAUUCCCCAACUGUAAUUCCAGCGAUGUGAAGCCCCAGGACUCCAUCUCCCAUCCUACCUCCAACGCCGGACUCAGUCGCUCCUCUACGCCCUCCCACAGUGCAUUGGGAGGCCAGGGCUCUGGGACAGAACCUGCUAGUGGCCAGAAACCAGGCUCAAAACUUGUUUAUGUCUUCACCACAGAGAUGGCUAACAAGGCAGCUGAUGCAGUUCUAACUGGCCAUACAGAAAACAUCAUUGCCUUCCACAUGAAAAACAUUUCCAACAGCAAGGACAAGGCUCACCUCCUCCUGAAUAAUGCAGCAGGGGCCCUCCGAAAUGACUCCAAGCCCACCCAGCAACCCCCGUCCCACACCCAAGAUCAGAACCACCAGCCUGGAUCCAAGCCGUCCUUACCUGGCAUGACCGAGCCAGCCCCACCCCAGACUUCCAACCAAGGGGCCCAAUCUGGUGUCCUUCCCCAAGAAGGGUCUUCCUCGGCAGGAAUGGAAGCCAAAAAUCUUCCUGACAGUAGCCCCAGUAAUCCUACAGCCCCAGUGGACCAGGCCCCUGUCACCCAACCUGAGGCAGGCCUUAACCCUCCACAGGCAGGUGAAGGGGGGCAGGGUGGAGGCCCUGGUGGGGCAGGUCUUACACCCCAGCAGCAACAACAACAGCAGCAGCUGGCUCAGGAGCUGUUGAACAUGGAGGCCAACACAGAGGGCCUUUCUCAGGAGCAGCUGGAGCAUCGCCAGCGCUCCCUCCAGACCUUGCGAGACAUCCAGCGCAUGCUUUUCCCUGAUGACCGUGAUGCCCCACCACCAGGACCCCCACAGUCCCAUGGUGGACCCCAUGAUGGAGGCCCUGAUGGUGGACCCCGGAGACCUGAGCAGGGCCCUCUCCAGGCUAUGAUGGCUCAGUCUCAGAGCCUCGGGCCACCAGGUGGGCCUGGAGGCCCUCGCCCUCAAGGCCCCCCCUUUGGCCCCCCACACGGUCCCAGGGACAUGCCCUCCUUCCCACAAGAUGAAAUGGGUCCGCACAUGGGGGGUCCGGGGGGUUGUGGAGAAGGUGAUCAGAUGACCCCAGAGCAGGUGGCUUGGUUGAAGCUGCAGCAGGAGUUUUAUGAAGAAAAGAAGAGGAAACAGGAAAUGCAACACCGUCCACUUCCUCCUGAUAUGAUGAUGCACCCUCAUGGUCCACGUGGCAUGAUGCGAGGGCCCCCUCCUCCCUAUCAAAUGGGGCCAGGAGAGAUGUGGGGUGGACCAGGAGGACCACCAGAGCACUACCAGGAGCGCAUGGGCAUGGGCCCUGGACCCAGAGGCAUGCCCCCACAUAUGCAGAGGAUGCCUGGCUUCUCUGGUAUGAUGAACCCUGAAAUGGAGGGACCCCCUAGGCCUAGCAUGGGCUGGCCUGAUGACAUGCCCCCCCGGAUGGGAGAUGCACGAGGAUUUCCUGGAGGACCUGGGGGAAUGUUUGCUGGUCCAGGUGGUCGAGGUGAGCGCUUCCCAAACCCUCAGUCAGUCCAGGAGGCAAUGUUCCACCAGGGAAUGGGUGGAGAAAAGGGCCUUCCUCCUGGGAUGAUGAUGGACAUGCAAAGGAUGAUGGGUCACCAAAGAGGUGGCAUGGAACCCGGUAAUGGCAUGGGUAUGUUUCCGAGAAUGCCUGGAGAUGGUCCUAUGAGUCCAUCAUCAAGGCUCCAGGGGAUGGGGGGCAGAGAAAUGGGGCCUGAGUUUGGCAUGGGGCCUGGCCCUGGACCAGGUCCCCAUAUGCACCCUUCAAAAAUACGAGAUCCCCCCAUGAACAUGAGCCCAGAUGAGAUAAUGAGAAUGAGAGCAGGUGGAGGACCUCCUAUGGAGAACAUGGGUCCGCAGGGAAGGCCCAUGCAGGGACCUCCCUUCCCUGAACAGGCACAGCCGGGAGACUUUCCUAUGGGUCCUGGGCGGCCCUUCCCAGGUGGUCCUGGAGGAAUGAGGGGUCCUCAUGGAGAGCAAGCUUUUGGUCCAGAGCACCGAUCCACUCCCACAGGGGGUAACGGCCGUCUUAACCACCUACCCCCUGCAGCUGGCCCUGCACAGGGUCAGAGGGGCCGCAAGCCAGCUGAUCUGAAUGUCCAGGCAGGAGGGGGCAACUCUCCCAGCAUCAACCCGCUCAAGUCACCUCCCUUGAGGCAGGUGCAGUCUCCCAUGAUGGGCUCCCCCUCUGGAAACCUCAAGUCCCCUCAGACCCCGUCCCAGCUGGCUGGCAUGCUCACUGGUCCCACAGGUCCCAACGCCCCUCCUGCUCCUCCAACUUCAGCACCAAUGAAGUCCCCCCACUCCAUGAUGGGCUCUGCGGGUGCCUCUCCUGUUCAUAUGAGGUCUCCUUCUCUUCCUAACCCUUCUCCAGGAUGGGCCUCUUCACCAAAACCACCCAUGCAGAGUCCUGGAGUGCCCCCCCAGGGUGGCAAGCCACCGCUCAGUAUCACCUCACCAAACAUGAUGGGUAACAUGGAGCAAGGUGGUAAUGGUCCUCCCUCAGCCCCUCCCUCAUCAGGGGCUCCAUCUGGCUCCAUGUCCCUCCCAGGCAGUGUCCCGUCCGGCAGCCCCUACACCAUACCCCCUGAACCAACGCUAUCCCAGAACCCUCUUUCCAUCAUGAUGUCACGCAUGUCCAAGUUUGCCAUGCCCAGUUCAACCCCACUCUACCAUGAUGCCAUAAAGACUGUGGCCAGUUCAGAUGAUGACUCGCCCCCAGCUCGCUCCCCCAACCUGCCUUCAAUGAACAAUAAUGGUAUGGGUAUGAACCACCACCAAGGCAAUCCACGUAUGAUGGGACCUGGUAACUCUGGUCCUAUGCCUGCCCUCAGCCCUCUGGGUAUGACUCCCAUGGGAUCCCAGCCACUCUCCCACGGCAUGCCUCCUCAGAUGCCCUCUCCCAAUGCUCCUAACAUGGGUCCAGGUAUGAUGCCUCAUGGCAUGAUGAUACCACCCAAUCCCCAAGACCCUGGUAUGGCAAACCCUCAAAUGAUGCCCCAGGGACGUAUGGGUUACCCUCACCGAGGCCAAGGAUAUCCUCUCACCCAGUCCCCCUCCCAACAAGGCCCCUUCUCCCCCCAUAAUGGUCCUGGUCCUCAAGGUUUCCCUGGCCACCCUAUGGGCUUUCAGGGAGAGGGAGGCCCCAUGGGAGGACGGAUGGGUAACAUGCCCCAUGGGGGAGGGGGUGAUGGGGGCAUGUGCAAGCCCAAUACCCCUGGAGGGCCAGAGUUCAACAAUAUGCAGGGUGGAUUCAGUGAUGCAGAUCUUCACGAGGUGAUGCGGCCUGGAGCGUCUGGCAUUCCUGAGUUUGAUCUGUCCCGGAUAAUCCCAUCAGAGAAGCCCAGCCAAACUCUGUCCUAUUUCCCCAGAGGUGGAGGAGACAAUCCUGGGGGAAAGCCACCACACCCCUCUGGCUUCCCCAUGCAGGGCAUGAUGGGCGAUGGGCCCCCCAGAAUGGGGAUGCCCAUGCAGGGGAUGGGAGGAAUGCCAGGAGGGCCUGGUGGGGGAAUGGGCCCCCAAGACAUGCCCAUGGGAAACCCUGGCCACAACUCAAUGCGGCCUCCUGGGUUCAUGGGCCAAGGCAUGAUGGGUCCCCAGCACCGAAUGAUGUCCCCUGGGGGGCCAGGAGGGAUGAUGCAGGGGAGACAAAUGGCCCACCCGGGUCCUGGAGGCUCACCUAACAUGAUGAUGUCACUGCAGGGCAUGGGUGGCCCUCCGCAGCAGACAAUGAUGAUGGGGGGUCAGAUGAGGCCACGUGGCAUGGACAUGGACAUGGGGUUCAGUCCGGGCCCCGGAAUGUUCUAAUCCAACGCAAACCUUGUAUCUAGAAUGUUCUCAGACAAUACACAAGGAUGGAAUAAGGAUCAUGGGGUGUGGAGGGUGUGCAUAAAAAUUAGAUGGACUCAAAUUAAGGAAGUACAACACGAGAGACAGGAUGUACCCAGAAGUGAUCGGUGUGGAGCAAACCAGUGACCCAUUAAUGUCCUGUGGGAACUAUUCCAAUGGAGACUUGGACAGGCCCAGAGUGGAGUAAUUUUGCCACAAGAACAUUUCAUUUUGACUCAUGAACUUCAGAAUGUAUGGGAUUGUUGUGCAUCAGUUUCGCAAAACUGUUCUUGUGUUUUUUGAUUAUCUGACUAUAAAGAUGACUUCAACAUCAAAGAGGAAUCAACUUAACUAAAAGUCAGCAUGGAGAUGCUACAGUAUAUGUCUACUUUUUCAAAUUUAAAAAAACGAAUUUGUCAUGAAAAGUGGUAAGGAACAAGAGAAAGGAAUAAAAAGACAAUUUGUGCUUUGUGAAGACUUUAGUGGAACUCCAUCUUGUCUCUCGCUCCAUUGUUUUGACUGUUUCUGUACAGUAUAUACUUGUGUGUGUGUGUGUGAGUGUGUGUUUGAGAGAGAGAGUAUGUGUGCGUGUUUGACAGACUGUGUGUGUGGUAUGUAUGUAUGUAUGUGUCUGUAUGUAUAGGCAUUCUAUCAGUGACCUCUCAGCUCCUCUUACCCAACUUUCAUUGGGGGAGGAAUGCCCCCUAAAAAUACUGUACUGUUUACCAUUGGUGGGCUAUUCGAAUUUUAGUCUAUUUUAAUUUCCUUUGUAACUCCAGUGUAUAACAAACCAAACUAUGACCUCAUUAAGAUAAUAGUAUUAUUAAAAAAGCACAAACAUGGACCGUCUGCAGAAAGCGUCUUCUUUCUCUAUUUUUACCAUUGAGAGCAACAUUAAAGUGUGAGGAUCCUGGCAGCUUUGCAGCACUAUGAUAAUCUCCAGUCCAUUUUAGGUUGCGGAUGAAAUUUGACUUAGUGUUCCAAAGCUUUCAGGACUCAACUUUUGCCAGCGUGAAUAAUACCGCUAAUACCCAGAUAUGUGCUAUGUGUGUUCUUCUGCUUCUUGUUCCUGUUGUGUUCCUGUUUUUGUUUUGAUUCUCUUGUUGACUCUGGGUAAUAAUCAUUCCCACAGCAAUAAUCCCCCAAAGGUGGUCAUCAGAAUGGGACAGGAUUGGCUGAAUGCCACAGCAGGUAUGCCAGGUAUUAUAGAGCUAGAGCUAGUUAGAUCUGGUUAACAUUAGUGAGACAGGUGUGGUGUCCAGAGCGAGACACGUGGAAAUGUAAACACUUACUGCUUACCAUCCAGUUGACUUCCUCUCUUUUCUCUAUUGUAUAAGCUUGUCAUGUGUUUCUCCAUUGGCUUUGGUGCAGAAUAGCCUACCAGGGCUGUGGUGAUGGACUACAAAUAAAAGAUAUUGUUUUGGUAUA